AUGAAUGAAUGUUUGGAAAGUAAAGCUGAUUUGGACAAAAAGCUUCUAGAAGCUCGUAAAACAAUUGAAGAACUGCGACGUAAACAACUUGUUCUUUGUAAUGAUAUAAUUGAAAAGGGACAAAAUGACAGACGGGCUGCUCUUCUUAAUAAUAAUCCUCAAGUUCCUCUUCUUUUUGAAACUCCACAAAUUCGUAAUGAUUUAAUCAACAAUGAAAGGAAUGGAAAAAGGCGACAAAGAAUGGCUAACAGUAUUGCUAGAUCAGCAACAAUUUGUAUUCGAACACCUUUUGUUGAAAACAACAACAACAAUAAUAAUAAUAAAAAUAUUGAAAAUCAAAACAAGGUUAUCAGUAAAGUUCGUGAAAAGAAUUUUGAUGGUUUCAACAAUAUUCAACAAAAGAAGUCUUCUUUAUCAUUCUUUAUUCCUCUUGAUGAGAAUUUUCAUUUGAACGAUAGAAAGGCUCAAAUUCUCGGAGAGCGUUCUGAACAACGUUGCCGUGCAAUUGAAGAAGCUUCUCGCAAACGAGCAAUAAUAGCAGCUAAUCGACGUGCUGUAGCAUCUGACAUUUUAACAGGAAAGCGUCAAUUAGAUGAUGAAGCAAAAAGAAUUCUUUCAAACGAUUCUUCUUCAAUUUGUGCAUUCCCUAAUUUGUUGCGUCAAAUGCGUGCUGCUUCAAGACGAAAAUUUGAGGAGUCCCCACACCGCCAAAAAUUAGAAAAGGAAAGGCAAAAACAAAUGUAUCAAGGUAUAAAUCGUAUAAUUGCUCAUGCUGGUUCUGGUUCUAAAAAAUCCGUUAAAGUGGCUACAAUCCGUUGA